UUUACAUCCAGCAGUGCCUCUUGCUUCCUGCUUAGCACUAGAGAUCCUCCAUCACCAUCACAAUGAGCUGUAGCGCAAGGCACACCGUCUUAACAGCUGGAAGAAGCAGCAGCGGCAGCUGCAACCUUGGUGGAGGGAGGGUGGGGGUCUCCUCGGUCUCCUCUGGACGGUACACUUCCUGCGGGCUAGGCAAUGGGAGAGCCAACUUCUCUGGCCGGAGCCAUGUCGGAGGAGGCUCCACUUGUGCCUACGGAGCAGGAAGAAGCCAGUUCUCAAGCGGAAGUUGCAGCGGGGCCUUUGUUGGUGGCGGACAUCUUGGGGGAAGUGCCGGCUCUCAUGCUGGGAGCGUUGCUGCAAGGAGCGGUGCAGUUGGUGGCGCUGGUGGUGGGCAUGCUGGCAUGGUUGGUGGCAUGGGUGGCGUGGUUGGAGGUGUUCCUGCUGGCAUGGUUGGUGGCAUGGGUGGUGUGGUUGGAGGCCCCCAUCCCGGUAUGGUUGGUGCCAUGGGUGGCGUGGUUGGAGGUGUUCCUGCCGGCAUGGUUGGUGGCAUGGGUGGUCCUGCGGUAGUUGGCGGAAUGGUCAGCGAACCUUUCUGCGGAGGCAUGUUCUCUAACCUUGAUGGGAAAAUGACCAUGCAGAACCUCAACGACCGUCUAGCUAGUUACCUGGACAAAGUCCGGUGCUUGGAGGAGGAGAAUGCUGAGCUCGAGUGUCGGAUCCGGGAAUUUUAUGCCAAGCAAGGCCCGCUCUGCGAACCCAAGGACUACAGCCAUUAUCACCAGCAAAUUGAAGAUUAUAAGAACCAGCUCAUUUGUACAAGUGUGGAGAACAACAAACUCCUGCUGUGCAUUGAUAACAGCAAGCUGACUGCUGAUGACUUCAGAACCAAGUAUGAGACGGAAUGCUGCCUCCGUCAGAAUGUGGAGGCUGACAUCAAUGGCCUGCAUCAAAUCCUGGAUCAGCUGACUGCCUGCAGGUCUGACCUGGAAGUGCAGUGUGAGAACUUGCAGGAUGAGCUGUGUUGCCUGAAGAAGAACCAUGAGGAGGAAGUCACCUGCCUGAAGAACCAGUCAACCGGCGAUGUCAAUGUGGAAGUCAAUGCUUGCCCUGGACCGGAUCUGAGGAAGAUCCUGGAAGAGAUGAGGUGCAAGUAUGAGGCAAUGAUAGACGGCAACCGCAAGGAGGUCGAAGCAUGGUAUGGAUCCAAGAUCGAGGAAGUGAAUCGUGAUGUCUGCACCAGCAGCCAGGAGAUUGAAGAAAGCAACAACAAGGUCACGGAACUGAGACGCCAACUGCAAGCCCUGGAGAUUGACUAUGACGCCCAGUGCAGCCUGAGGGACACCCUGGAAGCCUCUCUGGCUGAAACGGAGCACCGCUACAACAACCACCUGGGCGAGCUUCAGGAGCGCAUCUCCUGCCUGGAGCAGCAGCUGGCAGAGUUGCGCUCAGAAAUGGAGUGCCAGAACCAUGAAUACACGGAGCUCCUCGAUGUCAAAAGCCGGCUGGAGCAGGAGAUCGCUACAUACCGCUGCUUGCUGGAGGGCGGGCAGCAUGAUAUAGUUGGUGGAGGGGGAGGAGCGGCUAGAGCCAGCAGCACAUCAGGUGGAAGAUCUGGCGAAGUCCGGUCAUCCCACACUUACGUGACCCAUUCCGCAGGUCAUGCCUGCCACGGGGGCCAUUUACACCACUAGAUCGCAGGAACGGAACGCAUAAGAAAACUGCCAGAGAAUGGGCAGAGAGCAUGCUACCCGCAAUAAGUAGUUCAUCCAAGCUGUUGUUGGUCCAUCUGCCCAGCGGUAUCUUUCAAAGUUGAUCAGAUGCCCUACUUCACUGUCUCCCAUGCUACUUCCCCAUUAUUUUGCAGCAUGCCAUUUGCCCAGACUCUUGUUUCUCACCCAUCAUGCAUCAGUGCCGUGGUUGGCAACCUGCUGACCACUGAAAACAAAAGAAGCCCCAAAAAAUAAAUAAACCCCUUGCUUUUCUCUUGAUGCCA